ACCAUCCUCUCUUCGCGCGGACGUCACUCCUUUGCUCGUUCUCUUCGACAAACCUCCUCUUCUCUCCAAAACCCUAGAACCAAUCUCUCUUCUUGCCGCCAUUGAAGCUUCUCUGGAACCACAGAAGGCCAGGAGUGUGGUGAUGGAGUGUUUCGGGUGUGGUAGCUCGGCGGCGCUCUCUGUAGCUUUCCAUGGAUGGAGGUCACGGAGGAGGAGAGUGGUGGCAUCUUCAGAGCAGAGGUUUCAUCAGGGAGGGCAACGGGGACCUCUCCGAUUAGUCGGAGGUAGUCGUGCCACUAGACCCGCUAUGCCGGCGACUGUGAAAGUGGAGGAUGAGGAGCUAGAGUUUGCGGAUGAUGAGGAUUUCGUUAAGGCAGGAGGGAGUGAACUUUUGUUUGUGAGGAUGCAGGAGAGGAAGCCUAUGGAGAUGCAGACCAAGAUCGCUGAUACGCUGCAACCUAUAUCUUCUUCAGGUCCUGCCUUGGAUAUGGUGGUGAUUGGUUGCGGCCCUGCUGGUCUUUCUCUGGCCGCUGAGUCUGCUAAGACGGGCCUGAAAGUUGGACUUAUUGGUCCUGAUCUCCCUUUCACAAAUAAUUAUGGCGUGUGGGAAGAUGAAUUCAAAGAUCUUGGAUUAGAAAACUGUAUUGAGCAUGUUUGGAGAGAUACAAUUGUGUAUCUUGACAGUAACGAUCCAAUCCUAAUUGGCCGUGCAUAUGGAAGAGUCAGUCGGCAUCUGUUGCAUGAAGAGUUGAUAAGAAGGUGUCAUGAGUUUGGUGUUCACUACCUUGACUCAAAAGUGGAUAAGAUCAUUGAAGCAAAUGAUGGUUGUAGUGUUGUGGUCUGUGAAGGAGGCUUGAAUAUUCCUUGCAGGCUUGCUACUGUUGCUUCUGGAGCAGCUUCUGGAAAGCUUCUCCAGUAUGAGGUAGGCGGGCCACGUGUUUCUGUGCAGACUGCAUAUGGUGUUGAAGUUGAGGUGGAAAACAAUCCAUAUGAUCCCAGCUUAAUGGUUUUCAUGGACUACAGAGACUGUGUGAAAGAGAAAAAAGAAUUGCCGGAGGAAAUAUAUCCCACAUUUCUUUACGUCAUGCCCAUGACAGCCACAAAAGUUUUUUUUGAGGAAACAUGUUUGGCAUCCAGAGAUGCCAUGCCUUUUGAUCUUCUCAAGGAAAAACUCAUGUUGCGGUUGGAUACCAUGGGUAUUCGAAUAACAAAAGUCUAUGAGGAGGAAUGGUCUUACAUCCCUGUUGGUGGAUCACUGCCAAACACAGAACAAAAAAACCUUGCAUUUGGCGCUGCAGCAAGCAUGGUGCAUCCAGCAACAGGAUAUUCAGUUGUGCGAUCCUUAUCUGAAGCACCUGCUUAUGCUUCCGCAAUAGCAAAUAUAUUAACUAGGAAGCUCUAUUCCGAACAAAAUAGUCUGAUUGGAAGUACAAUUAACCCUUCAACACUAGCCUGGAAAACUCUAUGGCCACAAGAAAGGAAACGUCAGAGAGCAUUUUUUCUUUUUGGUUUAGCAUUGAUCACACAAUUGGACAUCGAAGGCAUCAGAAUAUUCUUUCAAACAUUUUUCCGCUUACCGAGUUGGAUGUGGCAGGGUUUUCUUGGCUCCACUCUUUCAUCAGUAGAUCUCAUAUAUUUUGCUUUCUAUAUGUUUGUCAUAGCACCGAACAGUUUGAGAAUGUGCCUUGUCAGACAUCUGGUUUCUGAUCCUACUGGAGCUACCAUGCUGAAGACAUACUUCACUCUCUAAGUAUCUUUCUUUCUCUACUAUUUUCUGCAUGUAAUUAGGCUAUCCUUAUUUGAUUUUGUUACAUACAAUAAAUAAAGUUUUGAUUGUGUAUAUA